AUGUCGCUAGAACAGGCCAAAAACGCCCUCGUGGCGUCGUUUUUUGAGCUUUCCAACGCCGCCAAGGACGCCGCCACCGCCACAGUCAAUUUCUACAAGGCCGCCGGCGUCGAUGCCUCCGAUUCCGCCUCCUCAUUGGCUGCUUUGAGUGCCUCCAUCACAGGUGCUACCCAGGCUGCUUUGGCCGAUUUGCCCCUGGACGUCAAGGCCAAUGGGUUUGUGGAGCCCAAGAAGGUCGAGAAAAAGCUGAGAAAGAGACCGGCUCCCAAGGACGAGGCGCCUGUGGAGAAACAGGAAACUGAAUCUGCCGAGUCUGGCUCGUCCAGCCCCACCACAGCUGAAACCGCCCCAUCGUCUGCUGCCGAGCCAGCCCAGGCCGAAAAGCCAGAAAAGGCCGAAAAGCCCAAGAAGAGAAAGAUCGAAAGAGACCCCAACGCGCCCAAGAAGCCCUUGACCACCUACUUGCGCUUCAACCUCAGCAUUCGUGACCAGAUGAAGAGAGAACGCAUCGAGAACGGCCUCCCCACCUACCCUGCCACCGAGCUCAACCAGAUCAUCGCCGAGAGAUGGGCCAAUUUGAGCGGCCCGGACAAGGAGGCCCUCCAGAAGGCCUACGAGAGCGAGUUUGAGGACUACAAGAAGGCCUUGGAGACCUACAACGCUACCAAGACCGCCGAGGGUGGCGUUCCUAUCCCAAUUCCAGGCGCUCCAAGAAAGACCGGCGCCAAACCAGGCCCAAAGCCAGGAUCCAAGAAGAAGGAGGCCGAGAAGCCUGCUGAAAAGGCCGCCGACAAGGAGGAGAAGCCCGCUGAGAAGAAGGAGGAGAAAAAGGAGGUGAAGCCCGUUGAGAAGAAGGAGACUAAGCCCGCCGAAAAGAAGACCCCAGCCACUCCUAAGGAAAAGAAGAAGAAGGCCAAGCCUGCUCCAGCGGAAAACUCCACAGUCGCUAACGCCAUUGCUGCUGCUGCCGCCGAGGUCGCUGAAGAAGCCGCCAAGACAGAAAGCAGCGACAAGUCCAGCGCUCCAUCGUCCCAGGCCCAGCAGACCCAGCAAAAGAAGAAGAAGAAGAAGGAUAAGGACGCCUCCGGCGAGAAGAAGAAGAAGAAGGCUCCCGAGGGGGCCCAGAGCCAGUAA